UGGUUCUUGGCAGCGAGGGGAGGAGGCGGUGGCACAGCCCGUUUGUGAUUGUCCCUGCUCGCGGCGGCGGCGGCGGCGGCUCGUGCUCGGCGAGAUGGAACGUGCAGCGGCAGGCGCUGAGUUCAACAUCCUGCUCGCCACCGACUCCUACAAGGUUACACAUUAUUUGCAAUAUCCACCUAAUACAAGCAAAGUUUAUUCUUACUUUGAAUGUCGUGAAAAGAAGACUGAGAACUCCAGAUUAAAGAAGGUGAAAUAUGAGGAAACAGUUUUUUACGGGUUGCAGUACAUUCUAAAUAAGUACUUAAAAGGCAAAGUGAUAACCAAAGAGAAAAUCCAGGAAGCCAAAGAGGUGUACAGGGAACAUUUUCAAGAUGAUGUCUUCAAUGAAAAGGGAUGGAAUUAUAUUCUUGAGAAGUAUGACGGGCAUCUUCCAAUAGAAGUAAAGGCUGUUCCUGAAGGCUCAGUCAUUCCCAGAGGAAAUGUACUCUUCACAGUAGAAAACAUGGAUCCAGAGUGUUAUUGGCUCACUAAUUGGGUUGAGACUAUUCUUGUUCAGUCAUGGUAUCCAAUCACAGUGGCCACAAAUUCCAGGGAGCAGAAGAAGAUUUUGGCAAAGUAUUUGUUAGAGACAUCUGGCAGCUUAGAAGGACUGGAGUACAAACUGCAUGACUUUGGCUACAGAGGAGUUUCUUCACAAGAGACAGCAGGAAUAGGAGCAUCUGCUCACUUGGUAAACUUUAAAGGAACUGACACUGUAGCAGGAAUUGCUUUAAUUAAAAAGUACUAUGGAACGAAAGACCCUGUUCCAGGAUAUUCUAUUCCAGCUGCUGAACACAGUACCAUAACCGCUUGGGGAAAAGACCAUGAGAAAGAUGCUUUUGAACACAUAGUGACGCAGUUUUCUUCAGUGCCUGUAUCUGUGGUCAGUGACAGCUAUGACAUCUACAAUGCUUGUGAAAAAAUAUGGGGUGAGGACCUAAGGCAUUUAAUUGUAUCCAGAAGUCCAAAGGCACCACUGAUUAUUAGACCAGAUUCUGGAAAUCCUCUUGACACUGUGUUAAAGGUUUUGGAGAUCUUAGGAAAGAAGUUCCCUGUUGUAGAAAAUGCAAAAGGCUACAAGGUGUUGCCUCCUUAUAUCAGAGUUAUUCAGGGGGAUGGUGUGGAUAUCAACACGCUGCAAGAGAAAAGAUGCCAAACAAGAAUCGCUCAAGAACUUUGGUUGAAGAAGAGGAUUGUGGAGGGAAUGAAGAAGAAUAAAUGGAGUAUUGAAAAUGUUUCCUUUGGAUCUGGUGGAGCUUUGCUGCAGAAAUUAACAAGGGAUCUCUUGAAUUGUUCCUUCAAAUGCAGUUAUGUGGUGACCAAUGGCCUUGGGGUGAAUGUCUUUAAGGAUCCAGUAGCGGAUCCUAACAAAAGGUCAAAGAAAGGUCGACUCUCUUUACAUAGGACACCCAAUGGAGAUUUUGUUACGUUAGAGGAAGGCAAGGGGGAUCUUGAAGAAUAUGGUCAUUGCCACCAGAAAGUGAGAACAGGAUCUCCUUCAUACGGUCUUCAAGAACGGAAAGGUAAUGAAGUCUUACUCGUUUGACGAAGUAAGGAAAAAUGCCAGACUGAAGGACAAUGAACUAGAAGUGGCACCUCAUUAAGUUUAAUUCCAUGUCUCUGUGUAAUGAGUAUGUACUGCAUAGCUGAUGAGUUUGUUGUACAGAUCUGUGUGUUUGUGUUUUAUGAUACAUUAUAGCCAAAUUAUUUGUUGGUUUAUGGACAUACUACCUUUUUUCUUUUCUUUUUUGCACCAGUCUUUAGAAAAGAUGAAAUUAGGAAAUGGUACUUAAAAUGUAAAAUCUAUUUAAUGCUGAAGAGUGCUUUUUAGGGCCCUUUGCCAGUAGUGAUUCAAUCUGGUAUUGAUCUUUUCACAAAUGAGACAGAGCAGAGAAACAUUUUUAUAUGGAAUAGAAUAUCACAAAAUGGAUUUACAUAAAAUUAUCAUGAUUACUUUGUUUAUAUUUAACUUGUAUUUUUGUACAAACAAGAUUGUGUAAAAUAUAUUUAAAGUUUCAAUAAUUAAGUCUUUCCAACUUUUCAUGAUUUUUAUGAGCACAGACUUUCAAGAAAAUAUUUUGGAGGAAAAAUCAUUGCCUUUUGUCCAUUAAUCAGCAAAUAAAAAUGGCCUUAAAGUUUCUUGUGACAUUGUACCAUUUGAAGGUUAAAUCAGGACUUGUACCUACUUAAGACCCAUAGAAUUGCUGACCUCACUGUUCCUUGUAGUUAUCUGUAGUAGUCAUUCCACAUUAAAGAAAAUUACUGUUCUUGCUGGAAUCUUUAGGUACUAUAAGCGUAUAGGCCUAGCUAGCAGUGUAUGGUAUGUAAAUGGAAUGCCAAAUUUGAAAGAAUUCUCUACUGCAACUUGUCUCUUGUCAAGUAUAGUCCACUUGGCAUAUGCACCUCAAUAUUUUAAGAGUAAAGUUUUUAAGAGAUAUCCUCUUCCACUACAGAAUAUACGUGUAAAAUACUGAUAAAUAUGGAAGCGGUGUAUUUUAAAGUAAUUAUACUUCUGGGUUUAUUUUUCAUAUAUUGUAAGUGACAUGACUUUAAAGUGAAAUACUGGACUGGGUAGUGCACUUUUUUACUUUUUGUAUUUUUUUUCAUUGAUUUGCCUUUUAUCAGACUGGAUGUUAAAUUGUAUAAAUAUGUUUAACUAUUUUUUGUUAAACAACUUUAAUAAAAUAUUAUGCUAGACAAACUUCUUUUACAUGAAUCCCCGAAGGGGGGACAUGAUACAGAGGGAUAAUUGUGAAAACAAACUAUAUGAAAGGUACUUUUUAGUCAGCUGUGCUUGAUUUUAUUCACUCUCUGCAUAUGCUUGCUUGAACACCUGCUGGAGGACAAAGCUGUCAGUGAUUUUGUUUGACAAACCAUAGCAAGUUUUCAGAUGUUUGACUGUACUGUAGGGUGGCUCUUAUGAGAAAAUGAAUCCCUCCUUUUUUAGAAAAGCAAUGGUUUCUGUAACGUUAUCCAUGCUAAAGAGUAACUAAGUCACUGACCAUUGUACAGGCGUUGCAUUUGGUUCUGGCUCUAGUGUAUUAGCAAGUGAUGUUACAGGGCAAAUGGUUUAGAAAGAUCAAACAAUUUAGACCAACCACAAAUAAUACAAAACAUACUUUUAUUUGAAGGAAGCUUAAAAAGCCAUACUUUAUUGUUCUUACUGUCACACCAAAAAGGGCCACAUCAAAGAGCUUGUAAUGUUUCCGGGAUGUUUCCGGGAUAUGAAGUUAAAACACUUAAGCCCAGUCGCAAUCGUUUGUUU